AUGGGUAAGAUCGCGACAAUCGAACAUUUUCGCGUUCCGCCCCGAUGGCUUUUUGUCAAAAUCACAGAUGACACAAGCGCUGUUGGAUGGGGAGAGGCUUCUCUUGAAGGUCAUACCAACGCGGUGGAGGGCUGCCUCGAUGCAUGGUUUGAGAGAUACCGGGGGUUAGAUGCCGAAGAUAUUGAAAAUAUCUGGCAAUUAUCUUGGCGCGGCGGCUUCUACCGUGGAGGUCCAGUCUUUAUGAGCGCGUUAUCUGGCAUUGACAUUGCGCUCUGGGACAUGAAAGCCAGGAAGCUGAAUGUGCCUAUAUACCAUCUACUAGGCGGCAAAGUCAGGAGCAAGAUCCGAGUCUACGCUUGGAUUGGUGGUGACCGACCGAAUGAGGUCGAAGCCCAGGCUCAAGGUCGCAAGAAACAAGGAUUUCAUGCUGUUAAAAUGAAUGGCACAGGGGACACGGCCUGGCUGGACUCACCUUCUGUCCUCAAAGAAGUCGUUGGUAGGCUCGAGACAGUGAAAUCACUUGGCUUAGACGUUGCGGUGGAUUUCCAUGGCCGAGUCCAUAAACCAAUGGCCAAACGUCUUGCAAGAGCCCUGGAGCCAUAUGAGCCACUCUUCAUUGAAGAGCCCCUCCUCUCAGAGAACGUGGGAGGUAUCAAGCAGCUAUCCGAGCUAACUACCGUUCCGAUUGCUUUAGGAGAGCGACUCUAUAGUCGAUGGGACGUGAGGCCAUUUUUGGAGAAUGGCGCUGUGGAUAUUCUGCAACCCGAUAUUUGUCACGUCGGAGGCAUCUCAGAGAUGAGGCGCAUCGCGGCUAGUUGCGAGACUUAUGACAUUGGCGUUGCUCCUCACUGUCCACUGGGACCUAUCGCUCUUGCAGCCAAUAUACAGGUCGAUGCAACGCUGCCCAACUUUGCUAUCCAGGAGAUGGGCAUAGGCAUGCACUAUAAUAACACAGGACAAGAUAUCACAAGUUAUAUCACAAACCCUGAGAUCUGGACUGUGCGAGACGGACAUAUCGAUAUCUUGUCCGGUCCAGGUUUGGGCAUCGAGAUCAACGAAGAAGAAGUCAGGCGGCUGUCAAAGGAUUCAAGAAGUUGGCCUGUGCCUGAGUUUCGAGGUCCUUGUGGAGAGCUCCGCGAAUGA